UCCGCACACUUCACUUCAGACCGCGCUACUGCGAGCGUCGCGAUGGAUGUACACAGAGCUGGCUCGGUCGACUUUCGGGAUUGUAAUAUGGAUGAAACGGAUAUGAAAAACAGGAAGGUGCAACACCAGGAGGAACGCGUCGACAGCGGCGUGGAUUCGCUGAAGGAGGACGAGUAUAUGAAAAUUGUGGAGGAAAUUGAGACUUUGCUUCUUGGAGACCGGAUUGCGAUUCCGAAGGGGACGUGCGAGUCUUGGACGCAAGAAGUCACCGAGGAUGGAGACACGUAUCUUCACCUUGCCAUCAUUCACAAGGCGGACGACUAUGCCAUCCAGAUUAUCAAACAGUGUCAGAACGACCCGUUCCUGAACAGACAGAACAACCAGAGACAGACUGCCCUGCAUCUCGCCGUCAUCACGGAUCAGCCACACAUGGUGGACAGACUGCUCAAGGCCGGCUGCGAUCCACGGCUGGUGGACCAGAGCGGGAACACGGCCCUCCACAUCGCCUGCAAAAGAGGCUCGCAGGCUUGCUUCUCGGUGCUGACUCAAAUUCAGACCCAGCAUCUACACUCCAUUCUCAGCUUCCCGAACUACAGCGGACACAUGUGUCUCCACAUAGCGGCCAUUAACAACUACCUCUCAAUGGUGGAGAGUCUGGUCCAGCUUGGGGCGGAUGUAAACGCAAAGGAGCAGUGUAGCGGCCGUACGUCACUCCACUUGGCCGUGGACCUGCAGAACCUGGAUCUGGUGCACGUGCUCAUCACUUUGGGAGCGGAUGUCAAUAGUCUAACCUACGGCGGGUACACGCCGUACCACCUGACCUUCGGCCGCCAGAACAGCGAGAUCCAGAGGCAGCUUUACACCCGGACGGCUCAGGAGCUCAGAGCGAUGCCGGAGAGCGAGUCAGAGGACAGCGAUGAGGACUGGAUGUCCGAUGAAGAAUGUAUCUAUGACGAUAUCCAGUUCUGUGGGAGAUAGUCGGGCCCUCGGGACAACAUUCCCUGUGAUGCAAUGCAGCGAAGGCCGUAGGUGCUGUCUCUAGGUCUGGGACGGGGUCCGCCUUAUCCCAGGACGUCAAUCCCUCGAUGGGACUUCUAUAGUGGAAGACCCGAGCCCCUUCCAGGGGCGCGACGGUGGUGGUGCUGUUCAACACGGAAAACCCCCCCCGAAGAUAGCUGGACCAAAAGCUUUACCAAUAAUCCAAAGAGUUGGGAAAAUGUGUAUAUUUUGUGAAUAUAUAGAGAGAGAUAUAUUUUUAAUAUUUGUAAAUACGCGAAAUGAAACACUUGUUGAUAUGUUUAUAGUCUAUAUAUGACACUGUGAGAAUAUUUUUACAUUAAAAGCAAAAGAAAUGACGCAGA